GCGUUGCAGAGGCACCAUGAUCGCUCCCUGCCCGCUUUUUCUUACCUUCAGCUCGUAUCUACUUUGGCAUUUUGAGAUUCAAUCAUCUAUCACUGCUGCAAACAUGAGAUAGCACAAAUUGUAGACUUCGACCACCCUGAUACCCCACAACCGGUUACAUCAUCUGUCGUCCCAAAUACCAGGGUCCUCCGCUCACCGCACCGCUCUCGCGAGUCCUCAGCACUUCCACAAUGGCCGGACAGUCAAAGGUCGACACGCUGCCGCCAUGGGGCAAUGCCGUUGCAGGCGCUGCUGGUGCCGUCAUUGCUAACACUCUCGUCUAUCCAUUGGACUUGAUCAAGACGCGGCUACAAGUCCAAAUCAAACGCUCCAAGACGUCCAAUGACCCCAAUCCUGCCGAUCACGAACAUUAUGACGAUGCACUCGAUGCGAUAAGGAAAGUGGUUGCACAUGAAGGUGUCUCUGGGCUCUAUGCCGGCAUGGCGGGCUCGUUGCUCGGUGUAGCCUCCACAAAUUUUGCCUACUUCUACUGGUACACGGUCGUUCGCAGCCUCUACAUCGCGAAUCGCGCUCUUCAAGCGCCCCCGGGUACGGCAAUCGAGCUGUCGCUAGGAGCUGUAGCAGGCGCACUUGCUCAGCUCUUCACAAUCCCCGUGGCAGUGGUGACAACGAGACAACAGACCAUGAGCAAAUCAGAGCGCAAGGGCAUGAUCGCGACCGGCAUGGAUGUCAUCAAUGGCGAGGAUGGAUGGACAGGUCUUUGGCGAGGAUUGAGGGCGAGUUUGGUGCUUGUGAUCAACCCCUCAAUUACAUAUGGUGCUUAUCAGCGACUGCGGGACGUGCUAUAUCCGGGCAAGAAGACACUCAAGCCUUGGGAAGCGUUCAUUCUCGGAUCGCUGUCGAAGAUACUUGCCACAAUCGUUACACAGCCACUCAUCGUCGCAAAGGUGGGCCUGCAGUCGAAACCCCCGCCGGCGAGGGAUGGCAAGCCCUUCAAGUCCUUCACAGAGGUCAUGCAAUACAUCAUCCAACACGAGGGCCCUAUGGCCCUGUUCAAGGGCAUCGGACCUCAGAUUCUGAAGGGUCUGCUCGUCCAAGGCUUUCUCAUGAUGACCAAGGAGAGAAUUGAGCUUUCUUUUAUCCUUCUCUUCAGAUCUUUCCGCCAGAUGCGUGCCGAAAAGCUGCAGAAGCUUGCCAAUAUUGCUGCAGGAAAAGCUGGCAAAAGCGCCCCAAUUCUUAUCAAGUAAGGCCGCUCUUCACUAGAGUAACUUCUGUUGUAUGGAUCUAACUACUGAUCGUUUUUGUAUUUUUGUAUCUUAGAGUACCGUAUUUGCGGUAAUGUUGGACCGUGCGAGCUCAUUGGCGUUUGGGCAGCUACUUGCACGCAUACACUGCACAUAUGAAUAUAAACACAUCAUUAUACUCGUGCGCAGAGCAGUCGGCUAUCUCUCCUUUCCUAGUUCAACAGCCUCACAAUGCUUAUGUCCAUUUGAAGCUUGAGUUGGUGCGACAAGGCCAAAGUGUGAUAGUCCAAGACGUGCGAUUCACCUUUGUCCCCUAGUAAGUGAUGAAGCCAACACAACGUGACAGCAUUACGAUGUACGUCUUUCACACACCCCCAUGGGUUUCUCUAUAAAAGC